UGUCAAUCUUAUAAAUGUGCAUGUUUUAGAAGUGAAUUGUUAUUUCUCGAGUAAGUUUGCUUUCGUCUUCUCUGCAAACAUUUUUUUUUAAUUCACUUCUAUUAACAUUCAGAGUAACAGACCCUUGUACGUUGUGAACCAUUUUCUGCUUGAACUUGAGACAUUUUUUCUAAAGGGAUGUAAAACGAGCAAGUUUUAAGAAGUAAUGAGACUUUAUGAAUGGCUAUUUGACAUAUCAACAUUUAUUGGGUUCUAUCUUAUUGCUGCAUAUUGCAUUGCGGUGGAAUUUUAUGUGGAUCGGAUUCGACGCUACAAUGGAUUGCCGCGAAUGAAAUAUUUACUUAAAACUAUAGAAGAAAGCAAAUUCAUUAAUACCUCAAGUCGAAAACUGAUUGCCAUAAUAACCGGGGCGAAUGGAAUGAUCGGCACUGAAAUAACCCGUUUAUUGCUACAAAAUAAUUUCAAGGUUGUAUGUUUGAUUCGGAAUUGUGACAAUGGCAGUUGGCUGAGUAGUUUUGAAUAUCAGCCGAGCUUGGUGGUGAGGAAUGUGGAUUUAUCCAACCUUCGGAAGGUAAAGAAAAUGGCGCAAUUACUCGCAAACGAAUAUCCCCAUGUAGACCUCAUUAUUUGCGGUGCUGGCGUUAUGUUGCAGCCAUUCAAGCUUACAACGGAUGGUUUUGAGACUCACUAUGCCGUUAAUCUUCUUUCUCAUGCCAUGCUGGUUAAUUACUUGUUGCCGCCCAUGACUAAAUAUCCGUUAGGAGAAAGUUGCAUCCGAGAGAGUCGUAUUGUGUUCUUAUCCUCCGCCACUGCACACCUAGGAGUUUUCCAUUCCAUGCUUCUGGAUGACUUCAAAAUGUUCUACACAUAUCGAAAUGGUUAUCAGGCUUACUCGACAUCAAAAUUUGCCAUAUCUCUUUAUGUCGAGGAAAUGGACAAGCAAAUGCAGCAGAAAUCCGCGACAGCAAACCAACGAACGGUAACCGCCAUUUCUGUACAUCCGGGUUGCGUCGCAAGUGGUCUAUACGAGUAUUCGAAUACUUUGACCAAAGCCGUAAUUUUCCGAUUUCUAUGGCCUAUCAUGAGAAAUCCAGUUUUGGCUGCAGCUGAAACAAUAGCCCUCGGAUGUGGUGAUAAUUUGAAAGGUGGUUGCUAUUAUCAACACAUGGUACCGACUAGAAUUCUAUGCAGCACAAGAAAAAAACAACAACUGUAUCAGCGUGUAAGAAACAUCAUGACAGAUAUGGAAGAAAUUUAGAAGUGAUAUACAACAAAAAUCACCGACAAUUAAGAAAGGCUUUUCAAAAAGUAAAUCUUACGUAUAUUUCCGUCUUGAAUAAUAUGUGAUAAUACUUUGUGCACACAUAAUAAAUUUAAAUGAAAUUUACGCAAAGACUUGUGUUGACAAUUAUUUUCUUUUCCAACUCUUCCAAAUGAGUUUUCU